UAUCUAUGGCUGGCAGUUCGAUAAUAUACGAUGGUGACGUCUGUCAUCUAUACAAAAAGUUAUUAAAAUAUAAUUUUAAUUAAAUAGCUUUUAAUGUGAAAGUUACAAUUAAACGAAAUGUGCACACCAAUAUUGGUAUCAUUAUCGGCUCCAGCAUUUUCAUAUCUACUUUAUGAAAAUGCAAAAUGCACUUUUCAACAGGAAGGAUUUUUAUUAGGAGAAAUAAUUAGAAAAGAAACCAAAAUAAUAACGGAUAAUGAUCAACACCAAAUCAACGUAAGCAAAACGAUAAAAAUCAAUUCAGUAAUGCCUUGUCCUCAAAAUCAUUAUUUUUACAAUGCCACUGGUAAAAUCAACAAAGAUAAAAUUAAAGAUUUUUUGGGUAAUCAAUUUAGUGAAGUUGUGGCUUGGUACAAGUAUCAAAAAAUCCCAGAUUCAAAAUUGAGCUUCAGGGAUAAGAUAAUACAUAGGCAACUUUUGGAACUGUUUGACACAAGUCCAGAACUCUUCAGUUGUUGCUUAUUAACUCACGAAGUAUCAUGGAACGGUGCAACACAAAGUUUUUCACAAAGUUUUGUAAGAUGCAAUGGCAUUGGAUGUGAUAAACUACCUGUAAGUAUACCGAAUCUGAGUGAACAGAACAAUAUGUACAAGAGCUCUGAACCUGCCUCCACUACAUUUAAUAAGAUUCUUUCGGACUUGAAAAUUGAUAAUAAAAAUACACAAGGACUGGUUAUAAUAAAUAAAAUCCAAAAUGCUCUGCAAAAGCAUAUAGAGACAUUGGUAAAAGACCUUUCAGAGUCAGAGAAGUACCUUUAUGAAUUAGAAAAAGAAGUUAGACAGUUGGAAAUGUAUAAAAAAGAAAAAGAGAAGAUUACAGAAUAUUUAUUUGGUGAUUCAAUAAAUACUAAUCAAAGAACAACUCCAGUAUCCAACAAUAAUCAACAAGAAAACAAAACUAAUCCAAUCGAUACUACUUCAGAUGAGAAUUCUCCAGAAAUAGUACGAACACCGAUUAACAAAAAAACUAUCAGAGGGAGAGGGAAAGGGAAAGGGAAAAUAGACUCCAAAGAAUUGAGGAAAAAUUCCAAGACUGAAGAAUAUGGCGUUGUGUAAUAUUUUCAUAACAAUAUCAAAACAAACUAAAAGCUACUUGUUGAUAUCCUAUGGAUAUAAUUGUCGAUCCUGAAUAUCAGUCUGGGGACCUAAGAAACUAUUUAAAAAAACGAUUGGGGCAACACAGUAUGGUAAAGAUAAGCGAACUAACUACCAGAAGAGAUGAGAAGAAUGAAUUGAGCAGUGCAAAUCUGGACUGACUUUUAUUAGGAUCUUGCCACUGGAAUGGAUACCUCGAGGAAUUCACACCGGUGGAAAAGACUACAGCAGAUUCUGUGGGGUAGAAUAGGAAACGUCUAUCCACAUAUUGGAUGAAUGCAACAUGGUGCUAGAGAACCUAGGCUAUGCUUGAUACCAAGGAGACUAUCAAACAAAAUUAAGUUCUUUGCUUUGACUUGUACUAUUGAACUAAAUGUUCAUUUUUGUAGUCUAAACUAGCACAGCAAACUUUAAAAAUGUAGAUAUUAACUUAUAUUUGCUUGUAAUAAGCGAAAUAUUUC